AUGGACCCCGAACUACAAGCGCUAAGGGAGGCGCGGCUUGCAGAGCUGAAGAACAAGCAGGGCGGCGAAGCACGCGCCGGCGAGGGCGUGCAGCAGUAUAUGGCGCCGGAGGCGCUGGAGCGAUUGGCGCGGGUGGCGCUCGUGCGGCCGGAGCGCGCGCGCGCGGCCGAGGCGUACGUGCAGCAGCUGGCGGCGCGCGGCGUGCUGCGCGCGCGCAUCAGCGAGCAGCAGAUAGUGGAGAUUCUGGACGGCAUGGCGCGCGACGAGCAGCGGCGCACCGAGACGAAGAUCAUCUUCGAUAGGCGCGGCGAGCCCGACCGCACAGCAGGCACCAGCGCUGACUCGGACGACGACUUCUUCGACUAG